AUGGCUCUUGAAACGCAAGGUGUGCCUCAACUUGAACUGGAGGCUGUAAUUGGGUUCAAUGGACGUGUGUUUUCUGGCCUGAGGGUCCAUCCAGACAGAGAGCACCUGAUCUAUCCUCUGGGAUGCACAGUCGUUCUUAAGAAAAUCAAAGAUGGCAAGCAGGAGUUCCUGCAUGGACACACGAACAAUGUGUCCUGUAUAUCAGUGUCCAAAAGUGGAUCAUAUAUUGCCUCUGGACAAGUCAACUUUAUGGGCUUUAAGGCUGCUGUAUUUAUCUGGGACUAUGCACAGCGAACAAUCUAUGCCGAACUACUGCUCCACAAGGCAAAAGUAGAGGCACUGGCCUUUUCUCCUAACGACAAGUACCUGGUGUCCCUAGGGGGUCAGGAUGAUGGCAGCAUAGUGGUAUGGAAUAUUGAGACCAAGCAGGCCAUCUGUGGGAGCCCAGCUUCAGCUCACAGUGCGGGCCACUGCCUCACUCUGCAGUACUCGAACACAAACGACAAUAUCUUUGUUUCUGCCGGGAGUGGAACAUUGCGAGUCUGGGAGCUGGAUCUCCCCAACAGGAAGAUCAGGCCCACAGAGUGUCAGAUGGGCAAGCUGAAGAGGAUUGUGAGGUGUAUAGAGAUUUCAGAGGAUGAUCGCUUCAUUUACUGCGGCACCACCAGUGGAGACAUCAUGAAAAUCAACCUGAAGACGGGGCUUCUGAGUGACUGUGGCCCAGUUAAAGCAAAAUUCAGCCUGGGUGUCACUGUGCUCAGGACACUGAAGUCUGGGGACCUGCUUGUAGGCUCUGGAUCUGGCACCUUCACUCUGUGUUCCAGGACGAACUUCAAAACUCUCAAGCAAGUCCAGCUGGAAAAGGGGGUGACCUCCAUUGCUCUAAGAGGAGCGGGCCAACAGUUCUUUGUUGGGACAGAGGCUGCUCAGAUGUACCGCUUCAGUUAUGAGAACUUCACAGCUGAACUCCUUUCCACCAGCCACAGCAGUGCUGUCAAGGAUAUAGCCUUAUGUUUUGGAACAUCUGAAUUAUUUGCAACCUGCUCCGAGGAGGACAUCAGGUUGUGGCACAUAGACAAGCCCAAAGAGCUACUGCGCAUCACUGUACCCAACAUGACCUGCAACUCCCUGAACUUCAUGGCUGACGGACAUAGCAUCAUCAGCGCGUGGAACGAUGGCAAGAUUCGUGUGUUUGCGCCAGAAAGCGGCCGCCUCAUGCUCAUCAUUCACAACGCACACAGGAUGGGUGUGACGGCCAUCGCUGGCACCAGGAACUGCAAGAGGAUUGUCAGUGGAGGGGGAGAGGGGCAAGUGCGUGUUUGGGAGCUGCAGCCGUCUGGCCAUAAGCUGCUGGAGAUCAUGAAGGAGCACAAAGCCACCGUCUCUUGUAUCAAAAUCAAGAGCGACGACAAAGAGUGUGUCACUGCCAGCUUUGAUGGCGCCUGCAUCAUCUGGGACAUAGUGCGGUUUGUGAGUCUUCAAAUGGUGAUCGCCAACACUAUGUUCCGGACGGUGUGCUACUACCCAAAGGAAUACCAGAUCAUCACCAGUGGCACUGACAGAAAGAUUUCCUACUGGGACGUGUAUGACGGUUCCGCCAUCAGAGAGCUGGAGGGCUCGCAGUCCGGGGCCAUCAAUGGCAUGCACAUUUCAGAGGAUGGCAGACACUUUGUGACAGGAGGAGAGGACAAGCUGCUGAAGGUGUGGGACUACAUGGAAGGUGUAGUAACCCAUAUAGGAAUAGCUCACAAUGGCAGUAUCACUGGCGUCAAGCUCUGCUCCAACAACAGGACCCUAAUCAGCACCAGCGCCGACGGAGCCAUUCUCCGCUGGAGGUUCCCCCACCCGUCCUCCUCUUAA